UGUCCGUCUCUGUUUCUGCUCGUGCUCCCCUCCUCUGUUUUCCGGUGUUCCUCCCGCGAGACGAGACGGCCGCCUCUAAACCCUAACCCUAGAUUAGAUUACGGGGGGCUGGGAGAGGGAGAGGGUCGGAGCGGCGGCGGCGGCGAGAUGUCGGCGAAGAAGGGGCUCUCGAGCACGCUGCGGAACCUCAAGUUUAUGCAGCGGGCGGCGGUGGCGCAGAAGAUUGAGGACAAGGCCGAUGUGGAGGUGGAGGAGCCGGCGGCCGAGGUGGUGAUGACGCCGGCGGCCAACGGUGGAGGGGUCGGCUCGUCGGUCCAGGUCGCCAGGAAGUGUGUAGUUGUCAUGGAGGGUAAUCCGCUUCCAGGAGCUGUAAAGGGUCGAAUGUCAUUCCAAAAUUUCAAUCCAUCCAUUGAUAAACUAAAUGACGAGGCAAGUGGUCGGCCAACACAAUCAGCUUCACCUAGUAAUUCUCAACAAGACAGUGCAAAUACCAGCAGAGUGGAUGAUAUAUCAGCAUCAAGAUUUAGAAGCUUCAAUGUUGAUAGUUCAGAAAGCAUAUCUCUGAAUGAGUUGAAGAGAAAAGAGCCUGAGCUGGAGAUGGAAACACCACCAUCGCGCAAGCUGCCAAAGACGACUGGCCAGAACGUGGAUGGCCAGCCGUCUUCGCAGAGCAAUGGUCGUGGGUCUGGCAAGUCGAACAAGCAUGAAAAGCUUGACUUUAACCUUCUCAGAAAACGGAAAUCAAAAUGAGGUCCAGGUUAGCAUUAGCCAAGACUAGCUCUGUGUACUCCAUAUGCCACCAUUUGUACUCUGUAUCUGAUCAGCCUUGCGCGUUGUUCACUGAAUUAUUUCUGUAGUAGCAAGUAGCCAGGUUAAACCUGCAGUGAUAUAUCUGUUAUUAACUUAUUGAGAAGCCUACUGGGUAACAUGGUAUCUUACAUUGGGCGCUUUUCUCCUGUUUUUGAUGGUGCUGUACUCCAUUGUCACUUGUAAGAUGUAAGAUUCUGCAGCAGCUGUGAGAAUUUAAAGUUUUGGGGUAA